GAACACAUUUCCGUUUACCUUUCGGUAUUUUUGCGAAACGUUUCUCAACGCGAAAAGAUCAGACGUUGGCGCGGUCAGUUUGUGCUGUGCUAUUUAUCACCUCCCUUUCCAUAGUCUAUCGACUUCCGGGGCGGAAAAAUCUAGCACUGUUAUAUAAUUGCAAUAGUCAAGGUAUGUAAAAUAAUCUCUGAUAGGGAGACAGGUGCUAUGCGAGGUAGAUGAGCCAUUUCUUUUUCCUCUCCCGCAUUUUGGCGCAUUGCAGAGGCUGAUAGAUGGGAGAGUGUAACUCGAUCCUUCGGCUAACAUUGACUAGCUUUUUACAGAGGUGCACUAGUACUGAGUCUACUACUCGCCUUUUAAUUCACUGGGAAAAGAACGAAAAAUCCAUGACCAGAGGAAACUAGGAGCCGUCACGCAUUUCUUUCUACUCCCAAAGGCCCCUUUCUACAAGACGAUUGAAAUUCUUAGGCUUUACAGGAACAGGCAUUAUCAGGGAAAGAAGACACUUUAUUAAUAGAAAAGCUUCACCUGAGUUCUGACAGAAACUUGAAGUACAACAGUACAGAAGUAUUUGUUGGGAGCAUGAAUAUAGAACAGGGCCACAGCCUAACGGAAGAACAGAUCGCAGAAUUCAAGGAGGCGUUUUCCCUUUUCGACAAGGAUGGGGAUGGCACUAUCACCACGAGCGAACUCGGGACGGUCAUGCGGAGCCUGGGACAGAACCCCACAGAGGCUGAACUACAGGAUAUGAUUAACGAAGUGGACGAAGACGGUAACGGGACGAUAGAUUUCGAGGAAUUCCUCCAAAUGAUGGCAAAGAAAAUGAAAGACUCAGACAGUGAAGAAGAGUUGAGGGAAGCGUUCCGGGUGUUCGAUAAAGAUGGAAACGGGUUUAUCAGUGCGGCAGAAUUGCGGCACGUCAUGACGAACCUAGGGGAAAAACUAACGGACGAAGAGGUGGACGAAAUGAUCAGGGAGGCCGACUUAGACGGCGACGGUAUGGUCAACUACGAAGAUUUCAUGGGUCUAGCUGGUCCCAUAUUUUGUGGAUUAACACCAUCAUCAAAUCACCAAUUAAAUUCCCGAUGAACUUCUCCCAACACCUUUCCAUUCAAACGGAUUAUUUGCUUUGCUAUGUGAAGCGUGGAGAAAUUUGUUUUGGUCUUCUCUUGGGCAUGUUUCGAUAUCAACACCAGAUCACCUCGUGACCACGUGAAGCUGCACGUCAUCAAUCGCAGAGCGCCCUCUGUGCACGCUUCCGUGCUCAUGCACAUGCAACCCUAUCCGCUGCCUAUGGUUAGGUAUGCGUGAAUUGGGUCCGUCCGCGAUGGAAAAUUGGUUUUGUCGAAUUCCAAAACCUUCUACCACUCAACUACGGUGGAACAAGAUGUUUUCAUGAAAACUAAGAAAAUCUCUUUUGGAAAUUAAGGAGAUGAAAAAAGCAGGUGUUGGCAUUCUUUCAGAUUUGUUGAUAGUCUCGAAGCACAGAUGGCUAUAUUCACGCUACAUUAUUAUUGUGGCUGCUCACCGUAGUUGUAUGGUAUAUGAAAAUAAACUCUAAAGCAUGUGUGUUAUGGAAUGCCUUAUUGGUUUGCUUCAAGUACAAGAAAACCUGGGCUUUGGUAUCACUUUAUCACACCAUGUUUGAUCUCUGUAGUUUUACAGGCAUGAUACGAUGACAUGUAAUGUAAGCUGCACUGUUCUGAAGAAACACACGUCUUACCAAGUUACUGUGAUUCAACUGCCGAUGUUCAAGAUAAUCACAGGCGUUUCACUUCGCUGUUUUAAUAUCUGCUGUGUAGGUUAUGAUGGUUUUUGUUAGAAUGAGCAUACAGACGUGUGUUGUCACUGCGGAACUAAUAUCGGGAAUGUUAAUGAUAGAUAUUUCUAUUACGUUUCUGAUAUUAUUUAGUGCCGAACAGCGAUGGCACUCUUUAAUUUACUGGCGGAUGUUUCAGACCGUUGCCUUGAAAAAUGCACCAACCUCACUGACCUAUGAACGGAAAUUAGUUUCGAGAUUAUAUAGAGCGUGAAUAUGUGUAUAUUUAUAUUUAAAAAAUACACGCUACAGCAUUCCAAAGUAAGCUCAACCUGUUUAAUUAUUCUUUAGAGUAUGAACUCUUAUCGAUUUGGUUUAAUGAAUGCUUUAACUAGUAGGCCUACUAAGUGGACAUCCGUGACAUUGUAAACCCGGCGUGAGCUUCUAUUUCUCAUCCCCAUUAACUUCUCCAUGACAUCACCCACUGACUUUCUUAUUAAACAAAAACCGUUAUCCAUUUGACAGUUUUAAUACCUCCCCCUUUUUCUACAUCU